UCGUAAAAUGUACCUACAGUUGAAUGGUCUUUGCCUUACAACAACAACAACAACAACAACAAUAACGACAAGAAACAUUAGUUUUGGACUUACAUGGGCACUGAUGAUCUGAAAGGUUCCUCAGACUCGUUAAAGUUAUGACAAUACUCUCUUCAGUUUCCACAGCAACAGUCACAAGUUUCCCAGCAGCCUUUGAUAAAUCCUGCAGGAAAUCCACUGAUGACAAGUGCGACACAGGGCUUAGGACAAACCCCAGAGGGAUUGGUGACUAAUGCCCAGAGCUCCGUGCCUCCCAAUAUGGGCUUAAAUCUAUCUGGUGUCAACACUGGGAGCCACAAUAUGCCUGUUUUACCUAUGGAUCAAACAGACAAUGCAGCCGCUCUACAAUAUCAAGCGUAUCAAGAGUUACAGCUGAAGCAACAGAAACUAUUACAGCAACAACAACUACAACAGCAGACACAGCAGCUGACGCCCCAACAACAACAACAGUUAAUAGUACGGACAAGACAGUAUCAGCAGCUUCAACAGCAGCAGCAGCAGCAGCAGCAGCAGCAACAGCAGCAACAGCAGCAGCAACAACAACAACAACAACAACAGCAGCAGCAGCAGCCACAACAACAAGCCUUCCAGACCGCACAGGAUACCCAGGGAAUACAGUCGCAGCUUCGUCACCUACUUCAGUCACAGGCAAACCAGGCUUCAGCCCAGUCACAGGGGUUGGCGGGUACACAGCAGCCAGGAAUCACACAACAGCAGUGGCAGCUACUGCAGCUGCAGCAGCAGCAACGAUCUCAGGCGGCUGUUCAGAUGCCACUUGGCCAGGUGCAGAUGACGCAAGCACAGAUGGCUCAGCCCCAGACCCCCAUGUCUCAAGGUCAGGUAUCGCAGGCUCAGAUGCAAGUUCAGCAGCAGCAGCAGCAGUUGUCGCAGUCGCAGUCCAGUUUCCUGCCUGACAACAUGAGCCUACUUGACAUACUGCAGUAGUAAAUUGGAACUUGUAACCUCUUAUUUUUGGUGUCUUAAAAGGCUAUUUAAUACCUGAUGUAUUGUAAUCUUGUGCCUUGUUUCAUCUAGACUAUAAUAGGAAACUUUGCUUCAUUUAUUCUUAGCACAGAAGAAAAAAUGUUCAUUUUCCGUUCUCUCGUAAUUAAUUUUUUGGCUGAACUAAAAAGAACUAACUUGUUAAUUAUUUUCUACUUUCAAACGACGAGGGUGGUAAAUUCACCAGCCGUUUGCAUGAAAUGUCCACGAUUAAGUCGAAACGAAAAAUGUUGUAUAUGGUAUACGCUAAAUAGGACAACAAACAUAAAAAUAUGGUCUAGUCUUGGCAAAUUAAAUUAUUGUUGUAAAUGGUGGUAAACUUUGGAGUGUAUAAGAUACUUUGUAAGGUUUUUCGUUAUAGAUCCAAGAUCAAAUGUAUACUUGUAGAUAUUGCCAUCGCCAUCUUGAUCACUGAAAACUUAAAGAAAUCAAGUUAAACUUGCUAUACAUCGUUAGAGUGGUUUUCCAAUGACGUAAUAGUAAUGUUCUGGUUUAUCAAGCGGAUGUAUUGGCUGAAAAGUAAUCCAGGAACAAAGAUUCGUUUUGUAAAGUCUUCGGAAAUGGCCUUGUAAAAGAUACAUGUCAAAUGAAAACUCGGCAAUAACAGAGUUUAAGAAUGAUGUUUACGACAAACGGAGAGAUGUGCCUCUGAUUUUUUGUUUGUUUGUUUUUUUGUUUUUCACUAAUCCUUAAACCAAUCCAACACAAAUACAAAAAAGACGCCUAUUCACAACAAAUACAAAUAUUCCUAGUUUAGUGUACAAACGGCUAAAUCAGGAACGGCAAAAAGUACAUUUUUGUCGUAAACGUCAUUGUUCACCUCUCUAAUAUCAGUUCAUUCAAGCCAUAGUAUGGUUUGAUGGAUUGAUUACUGUUUGGCUGUUUAAAUGUAAAGUUUGCAACGCGUAAUAAAGUUCAACCGUAUUAAGCCA